AUGGAAGAGUGGUUGUUGUACGUCAUCAUCGCCGCCGUGGUGGUGCUCGCUUCCUCUUGGUUCCUUCGUCCCACAAAAGCGGCGCCAGUCAAGGCGCCCGUGGCGGGUGUGAAGGCGGAGAAGGCCGCAGCAGCGACCAAGCCCAAGAAGGAGUUCUACACCGCGGAGGAAGUCGCCCAGCACUCCUCCGGCGACGACUGCUGGAUCAUCAUCGAGGACAAGGUGUACGAUGUGACGUCGUACGUGAACGAACACCCCGGCGGCGACGCCAUCCUGAACAACGCCGGUGGUGACAGCACGACGGGCUUCCUCGGCGAUCAGCACCCCAUCGAGCGAGUGCGCGAGAUGAUCGAGGAGUUCUACAUCGGCAAGCUGCAGAAGUGA